AUGUCAUCUUCGCGUGCAAAACGCCCUGCGAGAGCAUUGUCCGACAUGAAAGAUAUACCGUUCGAUCUCGACAACGACGAUUAUGAUUAUGUUCCAUCAGACGGCGAAGACAACGAGCCGAUUUUGCCAGUUCGAUCUCGAAAGCGUAGAAAGACAAUAACACCAAGCGUGUCUGUCCGUGGAAGACGGGGCGACUUAAAGGGUAAUCACGACCUGCUUAGAAGUUCGAGCGUGAAAGAAGUGAAGGAAACCCUCCAUGCCAAAGAACAAGAAGAAGACCGGAAGGUCAGAAAGAAGUACGAGGCCAAGGCAAAGAGCGAUGUUAAUGUUGCAAACGCAAAGAAAGAGAAGUCUGAGCUCGAGAUUAACUAUGGCUAUGACUUUGAACUUUAUAGCAGUACUAGUGCUAAAGGCACAAGCGAAUGA